AUGAGCCAAGACAUGUCCACCACUUCACCGAUCACUCAGCCCUCACAAUCUAUUCCGAAAUUCACAUCGGUAAACCCGUCUCAGAACUCUGGCGUGGCGAAAUACUACAACAGCAUCUCCACCACGGAACACUCCCGCCUGAUAACCAACCGCGUCGAAUUCGAGAUCUCUCUCCGCACUAUACUUGCGCAUCUCCCAAAAAGCAAGGAAGGACAAGGAUUGAAAAUAGCUGAUAUAGGCGGAGGGACGGGACGAUAUGCCGUUCAACUCGCCAAACUAGGCCACCAAAUCACACUCCUCGACAUCUCACACUCCGAACUCGACCUCGCAGCCCAACAUGCCCAAGACUCGGGCGUAGUUCUAGAUGGUAUCUACCACGCCGAUGCCUCUGCACUUUUCGAGACCUGUCCCGCUCUACUUUCUCAAAUCGGAACGUUUGACGCCGUUCUUCUCCUCGGGCCUUUGUAUCAUUUACUUCAAGAGGAGGAGAGGGUAGCAGCGCUGAGAGAUGCGGGGAAACUUCUCAAACCCCUUCAGGUAGUGUUGAGGAUGGAGAGGAGGGAGAGAAGGAGGGUGGUGUCUUAUUCGCAGCAUUCCUCACGACGUUUGGCCAUUUGA